ACAAUGGGUUUGUUUGUUGUGUUGAUUGUGAUUACACUUUAACCUUAAAGUGUGACAUAAUAUCCAAUGAAAUCAAUCAAUAAGUAUUGCAAUCAAUCAGUAAUUGAUUUUUUUGUUGAAACUAUUGGAUCAAUUGGUGUGUGAAUCAGUUUCAUCUGUUUUUUUUUUAAAGAAGUAGAAGAAUACGAAAGACAUUGCAAGCGAUUGAUUGUUUGAUUUAAUUGAAUGUCUUUUACGCGCACCGAUCGGUAUACUAUAGCGAUCGAUGGCUGCACUGAUUAAUCGGUCGAUUUCGAUGGUCAGCAACGGUUUCGGCUCAACUAAGACUACUAGUCAUCCGGUUAUUAAGACACAGACAUCGAUAAUGGAGUCGUCGUCGACAACGGCUAGUGAAUCGCCACUCAAAGUGUUUGUUUUGGCCAAAAAAACUAUCAACGAAAUAUUCGGCCAAAUCGGCCAAUUUGUUGAUGAGGCCAAACAAUUUGUUGCCAACUCUACCGACGAAGUGGUCACGAAAGAUCAGUUGACUCGUGUGGACAGCUUUAUCGACAAAGUGGUAGCCAUUUGCGAUGUACUUCGUCGCGAUCACAUGAAAGUGGCAUUCUUUGGCCGAACCAGUAAUGGCAAGAGUAGUGUCAUUAACGCUGUUCUCCAUAACAAGAUAUUGCCGUCGGGUUUGGGCCACACGACCAACUGUUUUCUGCAGGUCGAGGGCACCGACGAAGACGAACCGUUUAUUGUUGUCGACGAUAAUCCCAAUACUCGGCUCAAUAUCGAAUCGGUCCAGCAUUUGGCCAAUGCGUUGACCAAUGAAAAGAUGGGCGACUCGACUCUGGUCCGCGUCUAUUGGCCUAAAAACAAAUGUUCACUACUUAGCGAUGAUGUGGUUCUAGUUGAUAGUCCCGGUAUCGAUGUGUCCGCCAAUCUGGACGAAUGGAUCGAUAAGCACUGUCUGGACGCCGAUGUGUUUGUUUUGGUGUCCAAUUCGGAGUCGACACUAAUGAGAGCCGAAAAAAACUUCUUUCACAAAGUCAACGAAAAACUAUCGAAACCAAACAUUUUCAUUCUUAACAACCGAUGGGACGCUUCGGCAGCCGAACCAGAAAAUCAAGAACUGGUUCGCAAACAGCAUAUGACACGUGAUAUCGAUUUCUUGUCUAACGAAUUGAAUGUCGUCGACAGACACGAAGCCGAAGAUCGAGUGUUUUUCGUUUCGGCCAAAGAAGUACUCCAGACUCGACUUCAACAGUCAUCGGUCGUCGAGACAGCGGGAACUCCGUCUGGUUUUGCCGACGGCUAUCAACUCAGAUAUUUCGAGUUCGAAGAUUUCGAGCAAAAAUUUGAACAAUGUUUGUCUCAUACGGCUCUGAAGACAAAGUUUGCUCAGCACACAAAACGUGGCCAACGAUUAGCUACCGAAUUGGCAUCGAUUAUGGACACUAUUGAACGAUCGUCGCAACAGUUGAUUACCGCAAAGUGCGAACUAAGGAAAGAGUUGAACGAUAAGCUGGAAUUUAUUCAACAACAGAUACAACUGUUGACCAACGAAGCCAAACACCAGAUCUGCCAUCUGGUCGAACAGGUAGAGGUGAAAGUGUCGGCCGCACUUAACGAAGAGAUCCGGCGACUAUCGCUUCUGGUCAACGAUUUUGAUCGACCAUUUAGUUCGGAUAGUCUGGUUUUGGGUGUCUACAAGAAAGAGCUGCAUUCGCACGUUGAACGCGGUCUGGGAUCCAAUCUGCGGGCUCGGCUGUCCAGUGCAUUGUCCUGUAAUGUCGAAUCGGCGCAAAAAGAAAUGAUCGAACGAGUAAUGAAUUUGUUGCCACCAAACGAUCAGUAUCGACAACAUUAUCACUCGUAUAGUCUGACACCGCGACAGAACUUUGAGAUAUUAUACCGAAUUAACUGCGAGUCGUUGUGUUCGGACUUUCAAGAAGACUUAGAAUUUCGUUUUUCAUUCGGUUUGAUUCAAAUGAUUCAACGAUUUACUACCAAUUCAAAGGAUUUGGCAAAGAAAGAGUCGUUGUCGUCGUCGCAUAAAUCGUUGCCAUCGACAGCGCCGCAGACUCCCAGCAACAGUGAAGUAGUGAUGAAUGCUUCGGCCAAUCAAUUUGAUGCGCUGGCAGUUAUCGAACGGAUCAGUCAUCUGACAUCGCAAUCGCAUACAACUGUCGGUAUGCUUGCCGUUAGCGGUAUACUUGUCCGGACUAUUGGCUGGCGAUUGAUAGCCAUUACGGGCAGCGUUUACGGUCUACUCUAUGUCUAUGAACGUCUAACGUGGACUAAUCGGGCGAAAGAGUCGACAUUCAAGAAACAGUAUGUAAAUCAUUCGACCAGAAAAUUGAAAUUAAUUGUCGACCUAACCAGUGCUAACUGUUCACAUCAGGUCCAACAAGAGUUGUCGUCAACUUUUGCCCGUUUAUGUCAUCUAAUCGAUGAAGUAAUGGCCGAUAUUAAGACCGAAAUGAAACAAUUGGACGAACAGAUUCGUCAACUGUCCGACUGUUCGUCAAUUGCUCGCCGAUUGAAAAAUAAGGCCAACUAUUUGAACGACGAUUUGUCGAAAUUUACUAACGAUUAUCUAAAAGAUUGAUUUUUAAUUAUUCAUUUGAAAUCAAUCAAUGAUUGAUUGAUUAGCUAUAAUAUAGUAUUUUUAAAAAUUAAAAACAAAUUAUCUAAUUUUAAAAUAAAAUGAAAUCAAAAAA